GCAGCAGCAGCAGCACUGUGACUGAGGCAGGAUCGGGUUGUACUGUUUAAUGCCUCUCAUUGUGCAGCGGCGCCGGCGGUCCCCGGGGGUGAAAUAUUUAUCUAUGAGACUUGGAGCGACACUGGGAGAAAAAAUAUAUUGAACGCCAAUACGGAUCACGUUCUGCACUUUGCAUCAUAAUUAAAGUCCAACAUGUUUAACUUGAUGAAAAAGGAUAAGGACAAAGAUGGAGCCAGGAAGGACAAAAAAAAGGAAAAGAAAGAGAGGAUGUCAGCAGCGGAGUUGAAGAGUCUGGAAGAGAUGAGCCUUAGGAGAGGAUUUUUUAACCUUAAUCGUUCUUCUAAACGGGACUCUAAAGCCAAACUGGAAAUCUCUAAUCCUAUACCUAUUAAGGUAGCAAGCAGCUCUGAACUUAACCUGACUGACAUUGACUCUGACAAUGUCAGCAACAGAGGAAGCGUUCUCUAUGAUUCUGGACACCUGAGCACCGCUAGCUCCAGUGAUGACUUGAAAACUGAGGAAACAAACUUUAAGGGUAGUGUUCUUCAGCGAGCUGCUAAGUUUGGCUCCCUGGCCAAGCAGAAUUCCACUGGAAUGGCGCAGAUGGUCAAGCGGUUCUCCUUUUCCCAGAAGAGCAAAGACGAGAGUCUUUCUGAAACGUCUACACCUUCUGAGCACUCCGCUGCUCCGUCACCACAAGUUGAAAUUAGAGCGUUUGAUACGCAACAUAAUAAACACUCUGUGCCUUCAGUAGAGGUCAGCCCACCAAGCAAUACUCAGAUUAUCGUUAAAAUCCCAGAGGUUGUGGGAAAGUCAUUUCCAGCUGAUUUGAGGUUGCCUUCUGUACUUCCGCCACAGGCACCUGUACCUAGAGAACUGGAGCUUCAGAGAAGGAACACCGGAGAUUUUGGUUUCUCACUACGUAGAACAACCAUGCUAGACAGGGCACCUGAUGGCCAAGUGUACAGAAGGGUUGUCCACUUUGCAGAGCCUGGUGCUGGCACUAAAGAUCUUGCUUUGGGUUUAGUACCAGGUGAUCGUCUGGUAGAAAUAAAUGGGCGUAAUGUGGAGAACAAGUCUCGGGAUGAAAUUGUGGAAAUGAUCCGCCAGUCUGGAGAUACAGUACGGCUGAAGGUUCAGCCCAUCCCAGAGUUGAGUGAACUCAGUAGGAGUUGGUUGAGAAGCAGCAAAGGGCUCAGAAAAGAGGCUUUUGAUGUUAAAGAUGAAGACAAACCAUUAGCAAAGAAACAAAACGAUGUCAAUGGUAACCAAAAUGGAACUCCUGACAACUCAGUGAGUGAGGGAGAGCAGUACUUAAGUAGUUCCCCGACUCCAAUGAAUUCACUGUCUCAAAAUCCAUUAAGAGCAAAAAGCCCAGAACCAAGACAAAGCCCAUUAAGGUUAAAGAGCCCGGAAAGGGUGACAAGCCCAGCCCCUGUACUGAAUGGUGAUGCAAUGCAGUCUGACAAGAAGACAUCUAGCACCCUGCAGCAAGCAAAAAGUACCACAUCAGUUUCUACAGAGAAGUUGCCCGAGGAAGCUGGUGGCACCAAAAAGAAAGUGGUGAAAGUGGUACGGAAAAUGGUACGGAAAGUAAUUCCCCAGGAGGAGACAGGGAAGUCAGUCCACCCCCAGGGGCAAAAUUUAGAUAGUAAAAAAGGUGAAAAAGCCCAGCCGCAGACACCAGUUCCUCCGGCUCCUCCCACACCAAAAACUGAAGCUAAGAAAGAGAAUCCUAAGGAUGAGAUUUCAAUGGGUCUUACCAGCCUUAUGACCAGAGGUAAAAUGAAAGACCAUAGACAGAGGACUAAGCCUCCUGAGAAGAAAUCAGAACCUGCAGGUGAAAAAGUGACUUCCCCUGUUCCCCCCAUUGAAAAAGCACCCGAGAAGCCAACCACUCCCACCAAACCUGUCCCUGUAGAAGAGAAGACCAUUCAUCUGCAAGACCGCCUGUCAACAAAGGUAGCCAACUCGGAUUUAUCCAAUAAGCCACCACCGAAAACUCCUGGAGGACAUACACCUGAGCAUUCUCUGAAGAAGGGAAUUGCAAUCCCCCAAUCUCAAAAGUCUCCACCUGUUCUUGUUCUUCAAGAGAAAGGGAGCCUUUUCUCAAGACAGGCUGAAAGUACAGAUUCCCAGCGGACAACAUCAGACGAAGCUCAGAAACGUCUGGAGAGGAUCUUCAUGGCACCUCUGGAUCCAGCAGCCUCUACCCUUUCUCCAGUGAGCCAGUCUGCCACGCAGGGUGCCACAGAAGAAGCCCCAGCUUCGCCUUUCAGCUCACCCAAUGCCCUGCCUCAGGCGAAGACAGAGGAGCAGAUCUCUGCUGAGCAGAACUGGUAUGAGACAGAAAAAGUGUGGCUGGUUCACAAAGAUGGAUUCUCUCUGGCGAAUAAGCUAAAUGCAGAGAACAGCAAUCUACCUGAAGGAAAGUUGAAAAUCCGACUGGAGCAUGAUGGGACACUACUGGAUGUGGACGAGGAUGAUGUGGAAAAAGCAAAUCCUCCAUCUCAUGAUCGGGUGGAAGACUUGGCAUCACUGGUUUAUCUCAAUGAGGCCAGUGUACUGCACACCCUGAGGCAGCGCUAUGGCGGAAACUUGAUUCACACAUAUGCCGGCCCAGCCAUGGUCAUCAUGAACCCCAUGAGCUCUCCAUCUAUAUACUCCGAAAAGGUGAUGCACAUGUUCAAGGGAUGUCGCAGAGAGGACACAUCACCUCAUAUAUAUGGGGUGGCGCAGGCUGCAUACUGGAAUAUGCUGAUGACUCGCCAGGAUCAAUCUAUCGUCUUACUAGGGAGCAGCGGUUCCGGGAAAACCACAAGUUGCCAGCACCUUAUCCAGUAUCUCGCUACAGUGUCUGGUAGCACAGGCAAGAUCCUGUCAGCUGAAAAGUGGCAGGCUAUGUACACCAUCUUGGAGGCGUUUGGCAAUAGCAGCACGAGUCUGAAUGGCAAUGCCACGCGGUUCUCACAGAUCAUUUCUCUGGACUUUGACCAGACAGGACAGGUGGCUUCAGCAUCCAUACAGACAAUGCUUUUGGAGAAACUCCGGGUGGCCAGACGUCCAGACAAUGAAGCGUCCUUUAAUGUUUUCUACUACCUCCUGGCUGGUGCAGAUAACACACUCCGGACAGAGCUUCAUCUCAACCACUUGGCUGAUAGCAAUGUGUUUGGUCUUACUCUGACAUCCAAGGCUGAAGAUAAGCAGAAGUCCGCACAGCUAUUCAGCAAGCUGCAGGCAGCCAUGAAAAUUUUGGGCAUCUCCGGUGAGGAGCAAAAGGCCUUUUGGUUAAUACUUGGAGCCAUUUACCACCUGGGAUCAGCUGGAGCCACCAAAGCUGGCAGGAAGCAGUUUGCCCGUCAUGAGUGGGCGCAAAAAGCUGCAUAUCUGCUGGGUUGCUCACUAGAAGAGCUCUCUUCAUCUAUAUUCAAGCACCAACCCAAAACCAGCGGAUUACAGAAGUCAACAUCUUUCCGCCAAGGGCUGGAUGAUUCAAGCCAAGGAGAUGGAUCAGGUCCCAAAUUGUCUGCAUUGGAGUGCCUUGAAGGAAUGGCCUCUGGCUUGUAUGCUGAGCUCUUCACCCUACUCAUCUCGCUAAUAAACAGAGCCUUGAAAUCCAGCCAGCAUUCCCUUUGCUCAAUCAUGAUCAUGGACACCCCAGGCUUUCAGAAUCCAGAGCUGGUGAAACAGGGGCGAGGUGCUACUUUCGAAGAGCUUUGUCACAACUAUGCACAGGAGAGGCUACAGGCCCUCUUCCACGAGAAGACAUUUGCCCUGGAACUGGAGCGAUACAAAGAGGAAAAUAUAGAGCUUGCUUUAGAUGAAAUCGAGUCCAGUACAUCUGGCUCUGUAGCUGCUGUAGACCAAGCCUCGCAUCAAACACUGGUAAGGACCCUUGCGAGGACUGAUGAGGCCAGAGGUCUGCUAUGGUUGCUGGAGGAGGAAGCGUUGCAGCCUGGUGGCAAUGAGGACACCCUUCUGGAACGGCUUUUUACUUACUUUGGGCCUCAGGAAGGAGACAAAACUGGUAAAAAACCACUGCUCCGAAGCAAUAAGGAGCAUCACUUCUUGCUGGGACACAGCUAUGGCACUAACUGGGUGGAAUACGACGCUACUGGGUGGUUAAACUACGUCAAACAGAAUCCUGCAUCACAAAACGCUGCCACUUUGCUGCAGGACUCCCAGAAGAAAAUAAUUAGCAGCUUAUUUGCUGGCAGAACAGGCACAGCGACCGUUUUAUCGGGUUCAGUAGCUGGCCUAGAGGGGGGUUCCCAGCUGGCUCUACGCAGAGCCACAAGCAUGCGAAAGACGUUCACUACAGGCGUGGCAGCUGUGAAGAAGAAGUCUCUGUGUAUCCAAAUCAAACUUCAAGUGGAUGCUCUUAUUGAUACUAUCAAGAAGUCCAAAAUUCACUUUGUUUACUGCUUCCUGUCCAAAGCCGAGUCAUGUAACAGCGAUACACGGCUGGUACCGGCUGCCCGAGUUGGCUCCAGCGAGUCAGACUUGUCAGGAGAACGUUGUGACUCAGAGCUAAUGCAGGUUGAUGUCCCCCUCUUGCGGGCUCAGAUCCGAGGGUCACGGCUUCUAGAUGCCCUACGCAUGUAUAGACAAGGUUAUCCUGAUCACAUGGUGUUCUGCGAGUUCCGGCGUCGGUUUGAUGUCCUGGUUCCCCACCUCACCAAGAAGCAUGGUCGCAAUUACAUUGUCAUGGAUGAGAAGCGGGCUGUGGAAGAACUUUUAGAAUCACUGGAUCUAGAGAAGAGCAGUUAUCACAUGGGGCUGAGCAGGGUUUUCUUCCGAGCUGGCACACUCACAAAGCUUGAAGAACAGAGGGAUGAGCAGACUCGGAAAAACCUCAUAUUAUUCCAGGCCGCAUGCAGAGGUUACCUGGCGCGACAGCAAUUCAAAAAGAGAAAGAUACAAGAACUUGCUAUUCGCUGCAUCCAGAAGAACAUCAAGAAGAACAAGGGAGUGAAGGGUUGGCCCUGGUGGAAGCUCUUCACCACUGUUCGGCCUCUGAUAGAGGUACAGCUGACAGAGGACCAAAUCCGGGGCAAAGACGAGGAGAUACAACAGCUGAAAAGCAGAUUGGACAAAGUGGAGAAAGAGAGGAAUGAGCUGCGACUGAGUAACGAUCGUCUGGAGAGCAGGAUCACAGAGCUGAAUUCUGAUCUAACAGACGAGAGAAACACAGGAGAAUCUGCCUCCCAGCUGCUGGAGACAGAGACGGGUGAUAGGCUGCGGGUAGAGAAGGACAUGAAGGAUCUGCAGGCUAAAUACGAUGCUCUUAAGAAACAGAUGGAAUCUAUGGAAGUGGAAGUCAUGGAGGCCAGGCUGAUCCGAGCAGCAGAACUAAAUGGAGAGAUGGAUGACGACGAUUCUGGUGGGGAAUGGCGGCUGAAAUAUGAGAGAUCCUUGCGCGAAAUUGACUUCACAAAGAAAAGGAUGCAGCAGGAAUUUGAGGAUAAACUUGAAGUAGAACAGCAGAGCAAGAGGCAGCUGGAACGUAGACUUACAGAUCUGCAGGCAGACAAUGAAGAGACACAAAGAACUCUGCAGCAACUAAAGAAGAAGUGCCAGCGGCUAACAUCUGAGCUGCAAGACACCAAGCUUCAUUUAGAGGGACACCAGGGGCGGAAUCAUGAUCUUGAAAAGAAACAACGAAGGUUUGAUUCCGAGCUGGCACAGGCUCAGGAGGAGGCGCAAAGGGAGAAGGUACUGAAAGAGAAGCUGAGCCGAGAAAAGGACAUACUUACUUCUGAAGUGCUCAGCCUACGACAUCAGAUUGAGGAGAAAGAGUCGGAGAUUGCAGUCUUCACGCACAAGGUAGAUCAGCUGGAAGUUGAACUCCAGGACAUCUCAUCCCAGGAGUCCAAGGAUGAGGCUUCCCUGGCAAAGGUAAAGAAACAGCUGCGUGACUUGGAGGCCAAGGUUAAAGACCAAGAGGAAGAACUGGAUGAGCAAGCUGGAAGCAUUCAGAUGCUGGAGCAGUCAAAAUUGCGUCUGGAGAUGGAAAUGGAGCGACUCCGGCAGUCACACUCCAAGGAACUCGAGAACAAAGAUGAGGAAGUGGAGGAGAUUAGACAGUCCUGUCAGAAGAAGCUUAAACAGAUGGAAGUUCAAUUAGAGGAGGAAUAUGAGGACAAACAGAAGGUCCUGAGAGAGAAGAGAGAUCUGGAAAGUAGAUUAAAUUCUGUUAGCGAACAGGUUAAUCAACGUGACUUUGAAACUGAGAAACGCUUAAGAAAGGACCUGAAGAGGACAAAAGCUCUGCUUGCCGAUGCGCAAAUCAUGUUGGAUCAUUUAAAGAAUAAUGCUCCCAGCAAACGUGAAAUUGCACAGCUCAGAAGCCAGCUAGAAGAGUCUGAGUUUACUAGUGCUGCUUCAGUAAAAGCUAGAAAGUCUAUGGAGGUUGAAAUUGAGGAUCUCCAUAUCCAGAUCGAUGAUAUCUCCAAAGCAAAGACAGCGCUGGAAGAGCAAGUUAGCCGCCUGCAGAGAGAAAAGAAUGAAUUACAGAGCAGAAUGGAGGAGGACCAGGAGGAUAUGAAUGAACUGAUGAAGAAGCAUAAGGCUGCUGUAGCUCAGUCCUCUCGAGACCUCGCUCAGAUCAAUGACCUACAGAGCCAACUGGAGGAAGCUAGCAAAGAGAAGCAAGAGAUGCAGGAAAAGUUACAAGGCUUGCAGAGCCAGUUGGAGUUCCUGGAGCAAUCUAUGGUGGAUAAAUCUGUGGUGAGCAGACAGGAGGCCAAAAUCCGGGAACUGGAAACACGUCUGGAGUUUGAGAGGACCCAAGUGAAGCGCAUGGAGAGCCUAGUAACCCGGCUAAAAGAAAACAUGGAGAAGUUGACCGAGGAGCGGGAUCAGCGAGUAGCCGCAGAAAAUCGUGAAAAGGAGCAGAAUAAAAGGAUGCAGCGGCAAAUUAGAGACAUGAAGGAGGAGAUGGGAGAAUUGUCCAAGAAAGAAGGAGAAGCCAGCCGCAAAAAACAUGAACUGGAAAUGGAUCUUGAGAGUUUGGAAGCUGCAAAUCAAAGUUUGCAGUCAGACUUGAAACUGGCCUUCAAGCGCAUUGGAGAUCUUCAGGCCGCCAUCGAGGAUGAAAUGGAAAGUGAUGAUAAUGAAGACCUUAUUAACAGUCUGCAGGACAUGGUGACCAAGUAUCAUAAACGCAAGAAUAAAAAUGAUGGAGAUUCAGAUGCAGACUCGGAUCUGGACGAACGUGUGGAUGGAGUGAAGUCUUGGCUAUCCAAGAACAAAAGUUCUUCCAAAGCCUUCUCAGAUGAUGGCAGUUUGAAGAGCUCCAGCCCCCCAUCCUAUAGGAAGCCACUAAGCUAUGACAGAGGCGAUGAUGAGCGGGACAACUUUGAAAGCACGUACCGAUCAAAAUAUUCCCAAAAGAGCUAUCUGAGCGACAGCGACACAGAAACCAAAUCCUCUGAACCAUUAUCCUAACCAUGACGAAGGUGUUAGCAUUUGCAAUAUUUAAUUAUGAGGGAAUAUUGCCAUGGAUUUGGAAAAUGCAGGUUGUGUACAUGUCUUUGGAACUAUGUGUGUUGGCGUUGCGAGUCCAACACAACUUGGCAUUGCGAGUCCAACCUGAAAAGAAUGACAUACAUCUCAGUACACCCCACUUCUGUAUGGGUUCAUUUCUGCAUUUAAGGUUGCAGGUUCAUUGGAUUGUCUUUAAUUCUUGCUUGCUAGAAGAGGAAAUCGGAUAAAUUAUUUCUCUGAUCAUUUGUUUUCUGCAUCUUUUUCAUUUCCUAAACACAUUGAAACAGUGGAUUUUAAUAGCUGGGAUUUUUCAUUGUCCUGUGGUCUAAACUCUCCUAAUACUGUAUGGAAUACUAGCAGGAUGUGAAGUCCCAAGUGCUCAUUACAAGUGCUGCUUCCACGGAGUCCCCAGCUGAAUGGUGCCUUUUCUACCAUCUUGAUUUAACCCUUAAGUAGGAGAUCACAAGCAGUGCUUCCCAGGUCCCUCAAGUGAUCAUCCUGCACCUUUUUAUUUACAUAUGUUUAUUAUGUAUAUAUACUUUUAUUUCUGAUUAAUUAAAGAGAAAUGCGGCAGAUGUAACAACUGAUCACUAGCUGGCUCUGGUGGGGGUCAUAAGUCAGAAUGUGGACAGUGAACAGGAGCGUCCAUGGUAUUAAAUGUGCACAGUGCAAUGUGGGUAAGCAAACAAGCGUGACAUCCUCACAAUGAAGACUGAAGCAAAUGGUAUGAAAUACACAGUAUUCACAGGAGACUACAAGAAAUAUAUAAUAUUGAGAGUUUUAAUGCCAACAAAUGUACACCCAUUAUGGCCAAAGCAACUUGUAUAUAUAUAUGUGUAGGAUUCUCCUUUACUGAUUAUACAAUUAAUAUAAAAAUGAAAAAUAAAAUGUUUCUGCGCACAAGUAUGCACAGUUACAGUUGUCUGGGUUUUGCUUGUGACAUAAGAUUCGCAAUGCACGACUGUGUGAGGCUCAAUCAAAUGAUUAUUAUUUUCAGAACAUCAAAUAGGUCAUUUGUGCACAUUCUCUCAUGACACUGGCUUGCCCAUGCAGAGAAGAAAAAAUGUUUGGCUAUUGCUUCAGCAUCCUGUAGGACAUUUGCAGUAAAAGAGUACCCAUUGCCUGCACACUGGAGGAAGACCAUUUUAAGGUUAAACCAUUAUUUAUGACAAUGCAACCCAACAACUCACAUGGAGCCAGUGACAUCACAGAGGCAUGCUGCACCUAGUGUGAUUGGUACACUAACAGGAUGGGAGAAUGUCGUUGGUAAAGAAUAAAUGGUUUCGCACAGGUUACCCAUUGGUUGCCUACACUUUAUAAAUGUCUUUAAUAAUGUUUAGGUACAUUCUGUAUCAGUAAAUGGUGCAAUAAUGAGAACAAUGCUUGAGAUAAAAAAAAAAAAUAGAAAAUCCUCACAUACAAUCAACAUUAAAAGUGAAUGGCCUUUUCAGUUUUAUUUUUGGUAUGUAAUGGUUCUUCAGGUUCAAUUCAUUGAAGACUGAUUUUGGCUGAUUAUUUUUAUUUUUUUUGCAAAUUUGUAUUUUUUAUUUUGUUGGUCCGUUACCUUCACCUACUGUAGGCCUAGGCAAUUUUGUCCCUAACUGUGUAACUGCAGAAUAUAAUAAAUUGCCCAUGCAUAUGGGAACCAAAAAAUUGUGUAUAGUAUAUCCCUGGUGGAGCAUUCAUCCCACAUGGUACAAGAAAGGGGUUAUAAACCCAUACUGUGGAUGUGCGUGAUCUGGAAAUUUUUAUAAAUUGUUUGGACUCAAAUAAAAAAAUGACAUUAGCCUGAA